GAACCGUGAAAGCCUUACAGGCGUGACGUACCGUGUACGUCAGGAGAGCGCCAACGGAAAGUGAAAAUAUAAAAAUUUCAUUUAUUAAUUUGUCUGCAAGUAAGCAGUUUUAAAAUGUACGGUUGGUUACUUGAAAGUGUACAACAUUUUAUUGUGCAAGAAUGUGGCGAGGAGAUUUGGGAGAGAAUUUUAAGAGAAUCAGGAGCAAGAAAUACGGUGUUCAGCGCUACACAGCAAUAUCCCGAUGCGCUUAUGCUGAGGCUAGCGAGUGCCUUAGCACGCUUAUUGAACAGUGAUCCCAAUAGUCCAGUAACUUCCACUCCAGCCAGCCCAGCUCCCAGAAAACCAUCGCUCAAAUCCAAACCUUCGUGGAGAAGCGCUUCAGUUCACAAUGACGGCAGAGCACAUUUCUCAAAAUGUCAUUUCACAGCAACCAAUGCUCUAUUACAAGCUACAAAAAAAGAAAUAGCUGCCUAUAAUUCCUCUGAAGAAAUCCGCAACAGAGCUAAAUCGAUUGAUAAAAUGAAUGAAAACAAAGAGAUAGCUUCAAGAGUUCUAAAUUCAAAGAGGAGAAGUCUGGCAUUUGCUCUUGAAGAUUGUUAUAGAGAAGUGGAAAAGAUCCCCGAGUCUGAUAAAGUAGAGGAAGCUACGAAUGCCAUUGACGAUUCAAAAUCUCCUUCACCAGAUUCUGAAUAUAUGAAGACUUGUAUGAUGAAACCCCCGUGCCGUAAAACCAGUUGCACAGUAGCUUUAGAUGUGUACAGACGAAGAGGGUCAGGUGUUCCAGCAAGGCCGAGACUAAAUAGCCUCUCUUUGAUCAGUGAGGAUAAGUUGAGCAACCUAAAAGAGAGGUUCAGUACACCAGAGAAGGUUAUGCAUUUCUUUGGAAGAUGUUUUGUCAAAUAUUUCAGUAACUAUGGAUACGACACGAUGAUCCGUGCGACUGGCCGCUACUUCUGCACAUUUCUGCAAUCUGUGGACAACAUCCAUCAACGUAUGAGAUACACAUUUCCACGGAUGCGUUCUCCAUGCAUGCAACUGACGCGCGCGCAUCGCCACGGCGCGGAGUUAGUGUAUAGCAGCACUAGAACUGGCUUCACACAUUAUCUUAUGGGCCAACUUUACGAAAUAGCUGAGGAUAUAUUUUCCUUGAAGCUGAAGGUCUCGGUGCUGAAGGAGAGUAUGGAGGGCAGCUACUACGUGGCUGUGCUACGUCUUGAGUUCGAUAACAGUGAUUAUGUGCAAUCCCUGAUGUUGAGGAAAAGUCUACCAUGUCCACUGCCUCCUGUACCGGCCUCUCUUUUAUUACAAUUAUUUCCAUUCGCUGUUAUGCUAGACCGUCGUAUGAAGGUAGUCAUGGCUGGUGAUAAGCUAGUAGAGGCAUGGGGAGGACCCUACAAUCGUAUCGCAAAGUCACCAAUAUCAGAAAUACUAAGAUUGAGAAAACCUAAAGUAUCUUUCACUUGGGAUAAAGUAUCAUGCAUGCAGACGAUGAUAUUCGAGUUAGAGUUGAUGAGAUGGCGGGCUAAAUGCACGGGGGAGUCUCGUCGUGGCUCCCAGGGUGCCCGUUCAGUUUUGCUGAGAGGACCUAUUCAUCUACUGGAGGAAAUAGACGCACUGAUAUUCCUAUGCAGCCCUAUAUUCAACGAUUUUGAAGAACUACAACAAGCCGGCAUAUAUCUCGCCGACAUGAACGGCCAUGGGCUUUCUAAAGAGAUGCUUCUCCAAGGUUGGCAGCAUGUUUCCAGAUUGGAGUUGCUUUUUGAAAAGGCCGAGACCAGGUCAAUGUCACUAGAAAAGUCUUGUAGACUGCGAGACCAAUGGAAAAAGAGGGGAGAUCAAUUGCUCUAUUCGAUGAUACCUAAACCAAUAGCAGAACAUUUGAGAGCUGGUAAAGAUCCGAUGGCUGCUUGCCAGGCAUUCGAUGGAGUAACAAUAAUAUUUUGCGGUGUACAACUGCCAGAAGCGGAAUCGCGAGCUGACGUGAUGCAAACAGUUGCUUACAUGAACGAUUUGUACUCGAGAAUCGACAGACUUCUAGACACACAUCGAGUGUACAAGGUCGAGACAGUGGGUACGGUGUACAUGUUGGUGUCAGGUGCGCCGGACCGCAGCCGAGCGCACGUCGCCUCUGCGGCCAGCGCUGCGCUGGCGAUAGCUAGGGCGCUGCCCAUGUUAACUAUAGGUAUCCAUUCUGGCUCAGUCGUUGCUGGCGUGCUAGGACUGCGGUUGCCAAGGUAUUGCUUGGUGGGAGAUACAGUCAAUACAGCCAGUAGAAUGCAGACCACAUCGGAGCCGGGACGAAUCCAAAUAUCUGCACAAGCUGCUGCAGAAUUGCCAGCUGGAAGAUUCAGGCUACGUCGUCGAGGACUAAUUAAAGGGAAAGGUAUGAUGGAGACAUUCUGGUUGGAAGGAGAAGUGGAAGAAGAAUUGCAGGAUGAGGCGCUUCAAUUAUUUUCUGCUCUUUGUGGUGGAGAAUAAAUAACGUAGAAAAUUCAACUGUAAUACCAUAGAAAAAGUUGUCAACUCUAUUAUACAUAUAUGAAGAGAAAUACAGGCAUUAAACAUUUCAUCGAACUGCUGUCUACAUAAUAAGCGAGUUUUAAAAAUUACACUAUUGUUUUAUAGUAUAAUAAAUGUCAAUAAAUACU